GUCACUAUCCAGUAUACAUUUUUACAUCCAUUCGUUCCAAAUUUCAUUUUUUGAAAACUGAGUCCUGAGUAAUAACACCUCCGAAAAUUGGAAAACACACUUGUUGGCUCAAACGCUGAAAUUCACUUUGUGUAGUUUAUUAUUCCAAAGGAAUACGGUUUUUUCGAAUGCUUAUGAAGAGAGCUGUAGAGUGAUAUACGUACAUUGCGCAGUUGAAACGUUUUAUAUGAAAUCCUAGAGCAUUAUGAUUCGCUUACACAACAACUGAUGAAACCUGUAUAGUAUUUGUAUGAUGUUCUUUAGUGUACACGAUGAUAGUUAAAGUAUUAUAUGAUUUUGAUGGUCAGCCCGGAUCUGCCGAGUUAACGAUUAGAAGUGGAGAAGUAGUUACUGUAACUAGACAGGAUAUCGGCGAAGGAUGGUGGGAAGGAACUGAUCAGAAAGGGAACACAGGUCUUUUCCCUGCUGCAUACGUUGAAGCAGCAGAUAAUCAAGAUUUUUGGGACGAUGAAUGGGAUGAAGAUUCCGACGGAGGAGCUCCACCUUCUACGAUAGCUGAAUCUGUGACUAGUAGUAAACCAGCUUUACAUUCCAUUGGUAGUAACGCAGAAGAUUCUUCAGCUAAACGAGCUCCUUCGGUUAAAGUGAAAGCUAUAAACAAAUCUUCGUUCGCUAAAUCAGGAAGCGAUAGUUAUAUUACCGGUACACUGCAGUUAUCAGUGCCUGAGAGUGAGAAAGUAUACAUUUUAGAGAGCGAAUACGGUCUUAUAUGGAAUCCAGUCAACGAGCCUUACGUUUGCGCUGUUGCUUCGCCUAAAAAAGAAUCCAAACUGAAAGGAUUGAAGAGUUUCAUCGUUUACCAAUUAACUCCUUCUUUCAAUAAUAUCCAAGUGUCUAGAAGAUACAAGCAUUUUGAUUGGCUGCACGAAAGAUUGGUAGAAAAAUUCAGCCUUAUACCGAUCCCUCCAUUACCUGAUAAACAGAUCGCUGGAAGAUACGAAGAACAGUUUAUCGAGCAUCGUAAAAACCAACUUCAAGCGUUCGUCGAUUGCGUUUGCAGACACCCUGUGCUGUCUAAAUGCGGCGUUUGGCAACAUUUUCUCACCUGUACCGAUGAAAAACGUUGGAAAGUUGGGAAACGGAAAGCGGAACGAGAUGAAUUGGUCGGAGCUAAUUAUUUCUUCGCCCUCGAAGCGCCAGAUCGUCCGCUGGGGUCUUUUACAGCCGAACAGGAAACCGAGAGCUUUUCGAGGUAUAUUCACGGUAUGGACGUGGCCAUUAAAAAUCUAUCGAAUGUGGUCAACGACCAAGUGAAAAAAUGGCAGACGUUGUAUAAACGCGAAUAUCAAAGAAUUGGACAUUCUUUUAUCGCCUACGGUCAAGCUUAUGGAAUGGAAGAGCAAAGUGGAUAUUCUCGAGCUCACGUAAUGGAAGCCAUAAAGGAAACUGGCCAUUCGUAUAAUGAGAUUGGUAAACUAUACGAUGAGCAGCCAAAGCUCGAUUGGGAACCGUUGGGAGACAUGUUACAUAUAUAUAAAGGAAUUAUAACCGCAUUUCCAGAUAUCUUAACCAUUCAUAAGGGAGCUUUACAAAAAAGACGCGAAUGCGAUAGACUCGCUGCCGAAAGUAAAAUGGACUCUCUUCAACUGCAAGAAGCCUCUAAACGAACUGAUAACGUAUCUUACGCUUUAUUGGCUGAAAUGAAUCAUUUCCACGCCGAACAGUUAUCUGAAAUAUCGAAAACCUUCAAAUCAUUUCUAACACAGCAGAUUGCGUUUCAUAAAAAAGUCGUCGACCAGUUGGAAAAUGCUCUAAGUCGUUUCGAAUGAGGUGAUGUGUUAUGAUAGGUGUUAUAUUAUAAGCCUUUGUCUUAUCUAAGUAAGUGUGAAUAUCAUGUUUAUUUAUUUGCCCGGUAUUGUAAGUAUUUUAUAUGAGUGUGCAAAUUCUCUCUGACAGUAUUUAAGUCGAUUUUACGUACACAAUAUGAUAAUUUAUAAUAAUUCGAGUACCUAUUUAUAUGUAUAUCUAUUAAUUAGGUAGCUGGUCUAUCUAACACGUAAAUAUCGAAAAGAAAAAAAAUUCUGUGAUCUUCUGUGAUUCAAAUCAUUUAUAAUUAAUUUCUUUUUCCAUAUUUCCACUAAAAAUUUUAAUUUUUUUAAAAUAACCAGUAUUAAUUAUUCCGAUGAUCAUUCAUGACAAAUGUAAUAUUGGUAAGCCAUAAACUAGAAGAAAAAAGAGUAGAUUAGAAGAUUGAUUCUUUACUUCCAUUUUUAUAUAUAUUUUUUCAAUUACACAUUUCGAAUAUGGACUGGUCAUCCACACAUUCUAUAAUAAUAUCUUAAUACGCAUACGCACUUGUAGAAAUAUAAAAUAUUCUCUAGUCAACUUAUUCUACACGUUUUUAUCGAGGUCCACCUAUUUCGAUCUAUUUAGGUACUUAUAUGUACGAUGUAUAAAGUUUUUAAUUUCAGUGCUAACUGGAGUAGCACAUACGUCUACAUAUCUAUGUGUAUGUCGUUGCUUUAUUAGGAAAAGGUCGUAACUACAUGAAAGUUGAUUUCUCAGAAAACGCAUUUUAAUUUUUAAAGAGCAUUCUAUCAAGUACACUUGAUAGUUUUAGAUGAGGUAAGAGAACAUUUGGUUAUCGCAAUCAUUUUCCUGCUAAUUUUCAAAAUAAACAUCCUGGUAGCACUGAUUUUUCAUUUUUUUAUUUGAGGAACUCUGAACUGAAAAAAGUAAAAUUCAACAAAGGAACUUUCACCUUAAGUCAAGCUUUUUUCAUCAAAAGCCCAUAAGAAAUACACAGGAACGAUAUCCUUAAGGUGAUGAGGUUGAUUUUUUGCAAUUUAUCAGUGAAAUUACGUGAAAUUAUGUGUUUAUAAUGACUUUUCUUACCAAUAAAUUACAAAAAUCAAAAGAAAUAGGUUCAAUCUGAGAAACAAUAUCAUUUAGAACCUUUUCAUUGUAACGGUUUUGAAAACGUGUAUUUAAAUCCAUUUGUUUUCGGCUAUUGCGAGAACAAAAAACAUCGAAAUUCAAUUUCAAGUGUUGCAUCAUGUAGAGGACAAAAUUCUCUUUCCAAUGAUACCACUAUCUCAUUUUUUUAAAAAAUUGUAGUUACGACCUUUUCCUAAUAAAGCAACGAUGUUUAUGUGAACUAUUAGUACUUUGUUUCAAAUGUAUCUCAGAAUUCAGGCGAAUGCUGUUGAUUUAUCGUAUUUUAUUAUCACAGUUAUUAUAACCCCUUGUGAAUUGUUAUGGUCUACAUUAUGCAUGAUAUUUAAACACUUCUUUAAAUAGAAUAUUUUAUUUAAACAUUAA